UCCUCUUACAAAUUCAGAAACUUUUUGCUUGCACAGCUGAUGAAGGACCUCUUUCCAAAAUUUCCUGUUUCUCUGGAAUCCUUGUGUACUUCACUUCAGUUUGAAAAAUCUCUACAUCUCACUGCAGUUACUCACCUAAAAUCUUUUGGAUUUAUAUACAAGUCAAUUAAACUUUAGGAAUAUCAAUCUGUCCAGUUGUAAAGCAUAAGUGAUUGUGAAUCAGUUUCACCUGCUUUGGUACAAAUUAAAGUGACAACAGGUGUACUGGAGAGGCAACAGCAAGACAACCCACAAAAAGGGAAUGUUUUUGCAGGUGGUGCCCACAGUUCUCUCCUUAUCCUCCCUGAAUGAUUCUUCUCUAAAGUACAGUAGUUUCCCAAUUUCCCUAUUGCUAGUGUCGUCACUACUGGUAGCAUGAGGUAGUCCAGCUCCUCCAGAAUGACACAUCCAUAUGUGCCAAAAAGGUUUGCUGUAUCUCAGCACAGUCUCAGGAAUGUGGAGAAGAUCACAGUUCAUGAUUCAUUACAUAAGGAGAGCUGGACAGGGCCAUAGAAAGGCAUCAUGCCAGAAACAGGACUUGUAUUUCUUCCUUUGUGCAAGGAGGAAUAGGAUAACCACUGCCAGAGCCCUACAAAAUAACCUCUAGCUGGCAUGUGUCUUUUCUGACCAAACUAUCGGAAAUGGAUUACUUUAGAGUGGUAAGAGGGCCCAGUAUGUUCUAGUGGGACCUGUUUUCUCAGCCACCACCAUGCAGGUUGAUUAGCAUUUGCCAGAGAGCACCACAAUUGUCAGGUCUGCCAUUGUCACUUUUCUUCACAGAUUAGAGCAGGUUCACACUUGGCACGCGACAGAUGUGAAAGAGUCGGGAGACAUCGUGAAUUUUAUGCUGCCUGCUACAUCAUCCAGCAUGACUGGUUUGGUGGUAGGUAUGACCAAAUGGGAAGGUGGUGGCUGUCUGCUGCGGAGGUGAAAAUGGGAUUCAAAUGUGUACUGUCAGUAUGGGGAAAGCAAUACCAGUAUAUCAUUUUUUUCUGAGUAGUGCAGUAGUGCAUUGGACUGUCCAGGAGUACCAGGUGUAGUGAUCGACCGAUAUGACGACAGGCCAAUUAAUCGGGCCGAUUGGUGCCAUUUUUAUACAUCGUUCGAGGCCUGCGCCGAUGAAGCCGAUAAACAAAAAUGCCUGCACGCUCAACGCAGCUAUAAGAUAUCCAACGAUAUUGUUUGUUUUAUUUUUGGUCAUAAUCUUGAUUUCCAUUGGCCUUCUAAUACUACUACUUGCUGAUACAAAUCAAAAACAUGGCGUGAAAUUUGCAGAUCACAGUCAACGACAGCGUGUCCAUAAUUAUGUCAGAAGUGUGUUGGCCAGAGAGUGCCGACCAUCUUUUGCAAGAAAGAAUAUAGAGAUGAUGUUUCCUAGUUCCACACCAGUGGCUGAGCCUUUUUUACAAAAGAACAGCAACUUAACAGAACAAAUGUUCAGGUAUCCUCUGCCAUUUGGAUUACUGGACAUACAACCCAAGAUAAAGAAUAUCUUGAAUAUCAUACCCAUUUCAUCAUCAGAGAAGACUGGUAGGCAUGGUUGUCGCCGAUGUGUUGUGGUUGGCAAUGGUGCCAUACUUAGAGGACUGGAGCUUGGGCCUCUUCUAAACCAGUUCAAUGUCAUCUUAAGAUUGAACAGUGGCCCCGUGAAAGAAUUCAGUAGAGAUGUUGGGAACCGUACCACCUUCAGGAUGAGCUAUCCUGAAGGCAGCCCAAAGAUUUGGGAAGAUGUGGAUCCUCAGCUUCAGUUUGUGGCUGUUAUGUACAAGUCUGUGGACUUCAACUGGCUUCAUGCUAUGAUCACAGGAACAAAAGUUUCAUUCUGGGACAAGCUGUUUUUCUGGCAGAAGGUGCCAGGCCAUAUUCCUGUCGCACAGUCCAAGAUCCGUAUCUUGAAUCCGGAGAUCAUAAGGCAGUCAGCCUUGGACCUACUUGACUUCCCCAAACCUAAGCAGCGGCUCUGGGGUUGGGAUCAGAAUAUUCCUACCAUAGGGAUGACUGCUGUCAACUUGGCAACCUAUUUGUGUGAUGAGAUCAGUUUAGCAGGCUUUGGCUACAACCUCAGCCAAAAGGAUUCCCCAUUGCAUUACUAUGACACUGUAUCCAUGACAGCUAUGUUAAAGGAGACCAUGCACAACGUGAUGCGUGAGAAAACCGUUCUCCAGAGAAUGAUUGAAGCAGGCAGCGUUUCAGAUCUUACAGGAGGGGUACACUGCAGUUUCUGCUAAAGCUAAUGCCACUUUGAACUGACAAAGACCUGUGUAUGAGCAGGACUACUUGAACAGUAUUACCACUGCUAACAUUAUCUUGGAGGUACAAAGUCAAAUCAAGAUUCAGAAAUGCAAUCGUGUUUUGAAAUGCGAAAUUAGAAACUAAGAUCACCAUAAUCUUAGCAUAAUGCUCUGAUGUAUUGAUAGCCAAAAGACUGUAUACAGUGUUUUUGUUGUAAUUAAUGUGCAUGUACUGAAGUGACUUGUACUGCACCGUUUAUCCCAGAAAGUGUUUAUUGCUACCAUUACUUGUUUGUUUGGUUUUUUUUUUUUUUUUUUUGCUGGUUGAAUGAACAUUUACAGAAUUUGGCAGACGCACUUGUCCAUUGGCUAUCUGAAAAAUACCAAUACACAACAAACCUACAGUCAA